AUGACAAGAAGAUUUUGGACCAGCCUCUUUCUUCUGUUGACAGCUGUACUGCCAACUACAGGGCAUCUACGAAAAGGCAGAAAAGCAAAACAACAACACAGACAACAGCUCGAAAAAGAAGAUGAAGCCUUUUGGAAUCGUGCACUGGAUGAUGGCCUUAUGAGCACACCGACAUUGGGCGCUCAACCAGUCCCAUGUACCCUCGAGCUACGGGUAUGUCCAGAUGGUAGCAGUGUUGGAAGAACGGGGCCUGAUUGCCAAUUUGAACCAUGUCCGACCGUAGAACCACCACAAUCCGACGGAUUCUGCCCGUUUGAAGUUAUAGAGUGCGAAGACGGUAGCAUUGUUCGCCGUGUCCCACCGGAUUGCGACUUUGCUCCCUGUCCCACUGGUGUUUGUACGCAAGAUGUCAAGGAGUGCCCAAAUGGGGACUUUGUAGGCCGUGAUCCAGGCAACAAUUGUGAAUACUACCCGUGUCAAAAUCAACCAGUCCCAUGUACCCUCGAGCUACGGGUAUGUCCAGAUGGUAGCAGUGUCGGAAGAAUGGGGCCUGAUUGCCAAUUUGAACCAUGUCUGAUCGUAGAACCUCCACAAUCUGACGGCUUCUGUCCGUUUGAAGUUAUAGAGUGCGAAGAUGGUAGCAUUGUUCGCCGAAUCCCCCCGGAUUGCAACUUUGCUCCCUGUCCCACUGGUGUUUGUACGCAAGAUGUCAAGGAGUGCCCAAAUGGGGACUUUGUAGGCCGUGAUCCAGGCAACAAUUGCGAGUUCUACCUGUGUCAACAAAAACCAGAGCAAGCCUUCUGUACUCAAGAUGUCUUUUUAUGUCGAGGGGGUGCAUCUGUUGGUCGUGAUCCAGCCAAUGGAUGCUCAUUCUUCCCUUGUCCAGAGACCCUAACCGAGUGCACAACCGAAGUCAAGAUUUGCAGCGAUAAUACCACACUAGUCAGCAGAGUUCCGGAACUUGACUGCGAGUUUGAUGUAUGCCCCGACGAGCUCGUCUGCACCCUUGACGUUCAGGAGUGCCCAGAUGGAUCGUUCGUCGGAAGAGUCCCCCCAAAUUGUGAUUUUGGAGAUUGUGUUGUCUGCCCCUUGGACGUGUUGAUCUGCAGUGACAACUCUACAGUUGUUAGAGAUCCAUCCAACGACUGCCAGUUCGAGCCGUGUCCGAUGGAAAUCAGUAAACGACUGCUCCGAUGGUGA